AUGGAGCACCAACAUGAAAGGAAUUACAAAGACCCACCACCAGCUCCUCUUUUGGACUUGAGAGAGCUGAGGAAGUGGUCAUUCUACAGAGCCUCAAUUGCAGAUCGUGUUGGCUAUCUUGGUAUUGCUUGGGCCUUUGGUGGCAUGAUUUUUGUGCUUGUCUACUGCACUUCUGGAAUUUCUGGUGGCCAUCUUAACCCUGCGGUAACAUUCGGGCUGCUCCUAGCAAGGAAGGUUUCGCUGAUAAGAGCAGUGGCUUACAUGGUGGCACAAUGCAUUGGAGCUACAAUUGGCGUAAUGUUUGUGAUUUUCUUCACGAAUUCUGAUGAUCAGCAGAAUUCUGAUGGUGUUGUUAACGUAGUUUCGCGUAAUUACUCUAAGGGUGCUGGAUUAGGUGCUGAGAUCAUUGGCACUUUUGUCCUUGUAUAUACUGUCUUCUCCGCCACCGAUCCUAAACGGAACGCUCGUGACUCCCACAUACCUGUUUUGGCUCCCUUGCCAAUUGGUUUUGCUGUGUUUGUGGUGCAUUUGGCUCUAAUUCCCAUCACUGGAACUGGAAUCAAUCCUGCUAGAAGCCUUGGUACUGCUUUGAUUUACCGUAGCACUACCGAAGCCGUGAAUGAUCUGUGGAUCUUCUGGGUUGGGCCUUUUCUUGGAGCCCUGGCGGCUGCAGUGUAUCACCAAUACAUUCUGAGGGCAGGAGCCGUUAAAACUUUGGAAACGAUCCGAGCUUUGGGGUCCAUCGGCAGCCGCCCUCUCGUUUAA